AUGUCAGAUAUCACGAGCCUUGCAAGGCCAAAAAUCGGCUUGCUAUCGCAGACCUUGGUACCUAGUCCGAGCAUCCAAUUCGCCUUGCCUGCUCGGUUGCGGGACAGGCGCCAUAACGAUGUCGUCUUUGUCUAUGAAAGGUCCUUGGUCGUUCGUGAAAUCAUCUCAGAUACCUAUUUGGAAGAUGUUAUGGUCAGUUCAGAUUUCGACGCCAAUAUAACUGCUGCAAAAACGGUCAAGAUUGUUCAGAAAACUCCAGAGAUAUCGGACUUUAGAUUUGACGCCCAGCAAAAUCUUUUAGAAGACAAUGGACCAGAUGAUUCACUGCCAGGUCAUAUUCUAGCCCUGACACUAGACUCGAGGGAACUGCUUUUUCUGUACUGUCAAACCGGUUCUCGUGAAGACGAUGUGAGAUUUAUCCAUUUCCGCAGAGCUUUACCAUCCGAUGUGAGCAUAUCUGAGAGAUUUGGGCGUCAUCUAGCUGUUGAUCCGAGGUCUCGUGCCGUUGCAAUCGCCGCCGCCUCUGAGUUUUUUGGUGUCUUCAUGCUCAAGCCAUCAAAGGAGCUCCAGUCACAAAUCAAAGGGGGCACGUUGACACCAAUUGCUGAGGAGCGAUUCUAUCGGCUAGAAGGCCACAUAUUACUCAUGGAUUUUCUAUCUCCCCAGGACCAGAAAGACUACAUCACCCUUCUCCUCAUAGUAUCUCGAGGUUCUCGUACCCAUUCCGUGCUUUACAUUUGGGACACCGCAAAAGGCUUGAAACAGGUUCAACAAAAAACAAUUAGCACUCCACUUCCAGAUUUUUGCAGAUUACCGAAUCUGCUCAUUCCUCUUACAAAGUCAUCAAAUUAUCUGCUCAUAACGCCCUCGUUUAUAAUCAUUAAUCGGAACCCUCUGGGUACAGAUCCCAAGCUCGUGAAGAAGCGUUGUUCUGAUCUGAUGCCAAAGACUCCAACCAUAUGGGCAAAAGAAGACGGACGUCUCACCUACGUUGAAAUAGACAACAAAAGCCAAAUCGUGUCCAUCAAUGUGAUUGGACAAUUAGAUUGCGAAGUUGAUGCCGCUUUUGAUACCAUUGACUUUAACCACCCCAGCCACGGGGGCGAUCUUCUCAUCGCAGGAGGUAGCACGGGGCAUGGAGGACUGUUUAUUCAAAUUGCAAGGCAGAACCCAGAAUGUGUGCAGAGAUUUGUUAACUGGGCGCCUGUAUUCGAUACGGUCAUAGUGCCGCCAUGUCAGAAGAAGGCUGGAUAUGAGACUGACGCGACAAAAGAUUUGAGCGACGAUCUUCAUCUCUAUGUAUCCUCUGCCUCAUCAAACAAGAGUGGCACCGUAUAUGAAUUCCGACAUGGCUACGAGGCCCAAAUUGGUAUUUACAUUCCUUUGGAAGACUUUACCUCAAUACAGGCAAUCUGGGUCAUACCGGACUAUCUCCAAAACGGAUCCUAUUUCUUAAUUUCCGAUCCUUUCUCUUCAGUGCUAAUGCAUCUUACACGCAGUGUUAGUGGUGAUGAUGAGAUAUAUGCUGUUGAUGGUUCGAAUUUAUCCCUCGACCUUUCAGUACAAACUCUAGCGGUAGGCUACACAUCUCACGCCGUUAUGUUGCAAGUCACACCGCAAGCCGUACACUCAGUGCUACUUAGUGAACCAGAAUCGAACCGUGUAUCGCAGUUCUCAACAGAUCAAACUGCGUUUGUUGCCGCCGUUAAUGGAGAAUUGGGACUAGUCGCCAUUGCCCUCAGAUCUGAGCAGGGACUGAGUAUACAAGUCGGGAUAUUGAACGACGGCUUUCUCGAUAUCAAUUUCACAGGCAAAAUACUUCAAAUCGAGCAUGAGCCUAUUUCCAUAAUGAUAGAGGAAUUGAAGGAUGGUGUAUACAUUUUUACCGGCACAAGUGAUGGCCGUAUUGCUUAUUAUCGGGUUGAUAUGGAUGAGAUAGUUUAUGUUGGCGAGUACAUGCUGAAUCUGCCUCACGAUCAUGAGUCCAAGGCCAUAGAGAGCAUGGCUCUGGUCGAUUGGGCUGAAUUGGAGAAGGCGGCUCUUUACUGUGGCCUUCGUAGUGGCUUGCUUAUCUCUCUUGAAAUCGUCUCCAAUCCUAUGAGUAUCAAGCAACGAACUGCAAAGAGAUUUGGUCAGACAUCAGUCAAGCUCCUGAGAAAAGAGAACACGAUACUGGCCACGUGUGGCAUGGGCUUCUGGCGCAUAUCGGAUAUAAUGGGGGGCAAUGCAUCUGACUUUGAUCUCCAACGAAUCUGGAUUACUGACCAGAAUGCUUCUACCUAUGCCCAAAAAAGCAUUGAAUGUUUCACGAUUGUGGAUGUCUCCAAGGAUUCCUCUCCAAACACUUUAGGUGGACCUUUGAUCUGUAUCAGCGACAACCAGCUUCUUGUCUGUACCCUUGACCAACGAGCAAAAGCUGUACCGCGUAUGAUUGAAUUACCUGGUACAGCCAAUAGAAUCCAAUACUCGGAACAACUCAAGUGUCUUGUUGUCGCAUACAUCACAUCCGAACUAGAAAUAGAAACGGUGGCCGAUCCGGCAACGAGCAUUGUCAAGCGUUACAUGCGUCCUCACUUGAACUUCCUGAAUUUUGACGCUUCUAAUUCUCACCUGCUGUCUCAUCAACAUAACCUUGAUUCAUCCGAUUCCUCGCACGCUCAAAAACUAGUUGGCUCGUCCGGCGAGCGGAUUACCUGUAUACUCGACUGGAUUCCCGAAACCGGUGGACAGAAAUACCACUUACUCGUGAUUGGAACUGCGCGAAAAACGCAAGAGCAAUGUGGGCGAGUAGUCUUCCUGAACGCCAAACGCAACGCGGCGAAUCCAGAACAAGUUGACUGCUCGCUGAAAUACAUCCAUACAUUCGACGGGCCCGUGCGUGCCAUCGCCGCAUAUGGCAAUUCAACCAUCAUGGUAGCCGCAGGAAACGAUAUCAUCCCCAUUGCGCCCCGAUUACCAAAUGGUGGUGAGCAAUGGGCCGCCGCGGCGAGAUUCAAAUUGACAUCCCCUGGAGUCUCAAUUACAGUGCGCGAUACACUGCUCUAUGUCAGCACAGCCAGAGAGUCGCUCGUGAUUUUGCAAGUGGUAGGUAGAAAAUUGGAGCUGUAUGCUCAAGACGGGGUGCGACACGAGAGCCUUUCGCAUCAAUACAUCGGCGGCGAACAUGACUUGACCCUCGUCAGUCACAGAGGGGGCACAGUCAGCGCCUUCUCAGCAGCUGGCGUCACCGACAUGGACAAGAUAAUCUCUCCCGCGCUUGCCGAGGCGCAACUACCUGUCUCAAUCAUUCGCCUCAACGCUCGCGAAGGCCCUCUAUCCUCAUCAACAGCAGUGGUAUACGGCACUACAAUGGAUGGAGCAAUCUACCGCAUCUCUAUCCUCACCGAGCAAGAAUGGCGUCUACUUCGCUUCCUCCAAAACCUCUGCAGCAAAGAUUCCACUCUAUCCCCGUUCCUCUUCGCUCGAAAACGACGCUGGACAUGGGCUGAUAUCGAGCCUCAAGCCAAGAAGCCUUCGUCCAUGCAUGUUGAUGGGGACAUAUUAUCGCGUUUAUUGCCAAGGGGUAGAACGUAUCUUGAGAAAAUGUUACGCAGUGAUCAAGAAGGGGAAGAAGAUGGCAAGGCCAUGAAGCCACCAAAGACUUAUAUGAAGCUUUUUGGGGAGUUGUUUGAUGACGUUUUUGGCGCGGAUAUUGUCGAGGAAGAUCGGGUAAAUCACUUAAUGAGUUGGUUACGUGGGUUGUUGCAGCGUCGAUUAUGA